AUGAUCAUCGUCCUGUUCUGUAUCUCACUGUCGUUAUAUCCACACAUUGCAAUCAGUGUGGCAAACCUCAAGUACUUUGAGACUCUCAGUCAAGUGUCUGAGACAUCAAGCAUCAAGAGGUCAGUUGAUGGCGGCAGUAGCCUCUUCAAACAUGUCAAGUUCCGAGUCUUUGACAGAGACUUUGACCUAACUCUCAAAUCGGGCACCAAUCUGAUAGCCAAGGAUUUCCGUGCUAGUCUAGUUCACAGUGAUGGCAGCUCUACCACUCUAACUCUGGAUGAAAGUUUGAUAUUCUCCGGCUAUCUCACAGACAAGCCAGACGUGCUGGUCCAUGCACAUAUAGAAGAGACUCUGUGGUAUAUCCAUGUCUAUGACCCGGAGGAUAUCUAUGCCCUGGAGCCAGCCUGGAGACUGUUGACACCAGCAGAAAACCCUAAAAAUGACACACUGAUAGCAUACAGAGCUUCUGACCUGAAGUCUGACAGCUCUAACAGUUCACAGUUCUGUGGCGUGAAUAACCAUAUGAAA